AUGGCAGCCGACACAAUCAGUGGCAUGGCAGAGUUUUCAACUCCAGUCGAAAGUCCAGUACUGGUCAUGAAUGAUGGAAGACCUGUGAAGUCCAAAGGUAAAUGGCUUCAAAGGAUAUCUUCUUCACCCACACUUGCACAGUUUAGCCGGAAACGAGCGAAAAGUAGUCCAUAUGGGAGCAGGUCUACACUUUCGUGUAUAAGUUUCGCUCCCCCGUUGACCAACAACUCUCCAACUCCGGAGGAAAUCCUCGCUACUCGUUUAACAGAAGGAGGCUCUUCUACAGCGCCAACCUCCGGGCCAACUUCAGAGCCGUUCUCGAUGCCAGUCACUCCAGGUCUUGAUACUCCAUACUAUGAUCCAGCAUAUCGUCAUGUUGCUAUAAGACGCAUCGAGGACGAAGCUAUGGCUGGUCUAUCAACUCUUUCGCGGGAUGUAAAACAACUGUCCAUCGCGGAAGCGAAGAGGCCUGCGUCUGCAUCUGCGGUUCCAGACAUCGUCGAGGAUUAUUUUACACUAUCGAGGAUAUCGAAACCUAAACUCUCCAAACAUGAUAACUUCAAAUUCUGGGAAGACAUGCCGCAUGAGAUCAAGUUGCACAUUUUUGCAUUCCUCAAGCCGAAGGAAUUGGUACGAGCUUCCAAUGCUUGUCAAGACUUUCAUAAAACUUGUUUCGAUGGACAGCUCUGGACAUGCUUCGAUGCUUCGGAAUUCUAUGCCGACAUACCCGCCGAGUCUUUGGCAAAGAUUAUUGUAUCGGCCGGUCCUUUUAUCAAAGAUUUGAACCUUCGGGGUUGUGUACAGAUCGAGCAUUAUAAGCGGGCAGAAGUGGUGGUGAAGGCAUGCAAGAAUCUUAUAAAUGCGACUCUUGAAGGAUGUCGAAAUUUCCAGAAAGCAACACUACACAAUCUCCUGAAAAGUAACGGAAGAUUGGCCAACCUCAAUCUUACCGGAUUAUCAGUCGUCACAAACGCAACAUGCAAGAUCAUAGCCCAAUCCUGCCCACAUCUCGAGAUGUUCAAUGUUUCAUGGUGCACUCAUAUGGAUGCUUUUGGUUUACAAUUAGUCAUUGAAGGCUGCCCAAAGUUGAAGGAUCUCCGUGCUGGAGAAGUCAGAGGCCUCGAUAAUGAGGAUCUGGCACAACAAAUCUUUGAGACCAAUCGACUCGAGCGACUUGUUCUAAACGGUUGUAAAGAAAUUACUGAUAACAUCCUCAAAAUCAUGAUCCAUGGUGAGAACCCAGAGCUUGACGCUUUUACCGACGCACCAAUGGUCCCGCAACGAAGACUUCGACAUUUGGAUUUGGGCCGCUGUCACAAAUUAACUAGCGUGGGAGUGAAAUCACUUGCCCAUUUAUGUCCGGAUUUGGAAGGUCUGCAAUUGAGCGGAUGCCUUGCCUUGACAGACAGCGCACUUGAGGGCGUCCUAGCUACUACCCCACGGCUAACCCAUCUAGACCUGGAUGAUCUCAAUGAACUCACAAAUACUUUACUAUCCGAUCAUCUCGCUAAAGCUCCUUGCGCCCCUGUCCUCCAGCAUCUUUCUAUCAGCUUCUGCGAGAACCUAGGUGAUACGGGCAUGCUCCCUGUUAUUCGCGCUUGCACUGGUCUUCAGAACAUCGAUAUGGACAACACGAAAAUCAGCGAUCUAGUUCUCAUCGAAGCGGCGACCACGGUUCGUCAUCGAUCCUCACGUACGACAAAUUUACAAUCACAUCCACGCAUCGGUCUUCGCUUGGUGGUGUUCGAUUGCUCAAAUAUCACAUGCACUGGAGUCCGCGAAGUACUAUCCCGAAACUCGGAAGUAACGAAGCCAGGCGAUGGUAGUUACCAUAGACGGACAUUCCCUACUGAAAUUAUCGCGCUCAAAUGCUUUUAUGGUUGGCAAUUGACAGUAGAUGAACAUACGAAGAGAGUGCUGAGGGGAGAUCUUCCUGCAGCAGGAAGAUUGGAGAGGAAGUGGGCGGAAUACAUGAUGGCCAAUGAGGAGGCGGGUGCGGGUGGUGCAGGUAUUAGAAGAAGGAGAAGAAGGGCGAGAGAAGCUCAGAUGAUGCAUGCCGAUGAGGAGGAGGGUGGAGUGGCUUUGGGUGGGGUGGGAAGAAGAAGGAGGGCGAGGAGUAGUGCGUGCGGUAUCAUGUGA